GUCCCGGCGUAGGGCUGGCUCUCCACUUCCGGCCCAGCGGCGGAUGUUGGCGUUUGAAUUGCCUGUCAGUUAGCUAGGCCGCCGCCGAUCAGGAUUUCUUCAACUACGCCAGGAUCCAUCAUUUCCUUCAAACAGUGGAGACUAUCUUCAUAGUUACAUCACUAUCCUAUCGAGUUAACUUUUAAUUCGGGGUUCCUCAAUCUUUAUUUGAGCUGGAGUCACUGCCACCUCCUUGGUUAUCCAUGGCUCAUUAUUUUUGAUGUUUAAGAUAACUACAAACUCUACUGUACAAAGAGCUAGAAAAGCUCAGGAUGAGUAAAAACAAUGAUUUACACAUUCAAAGUCCAUCCUGUGUUCUCUGUGGACGGACAGAUGACUGCCCUGAAAAGUAUGGAGAAAAAAAGACCUAUGUGGAAUACAAUCUCACUGUUCAUUAUUACUGUUUGUUGAUGUCAAGUGGCAUUUGGCAGAGAGGGGAAGAAGAUGAAGGUGUAGAUGGAUUCUUAAUCACGGAUAUUAGAAAAGAAGUGAAUAGAGCUUCAAAACUGAAAUGUAACAUCUGUAGGAAAAAAGGUGCUUCAAUUGGAUGUGUAGCUCCCAAAUGCAAACGAAGUUACCAUUUUCCUUGUGGGACACAAAAGGAAUGUAUUUUCCAGUUCAUGGAAGACUUCAGAUCUUACUGUUGGGAACAUAAACCAGUCCAAAAGUUUCCAGUUAAAGAAUCUGGAGGAACUUCACAGUGUACAAUAUGCCUGGAUUUGGUUGAACAACUUCCAAUAUACACUGUAUUGAAAAGUCCUUGCUGUAAAAAUGCUUGGUUUCAUCGAGAAUGCUUGCAGUAUCAAGCUUUGAGUGCUGGGAUAUUUUUCUUUAGGUGCACAGUAUGUAAUAACAAGGACAAAUUUCAGAAAGAAAUGUUGAGAAUGGGCAUAUACAUUCCAGAAAGGGAUGCAUCUUGGGAACUUGAAGAGAAUGCAUAUGAAGAUCUACUGCAAUGUUAUCAACAUUGUGAUAUUAGAAGAUGUCUCUGCAAGAAAGGAAGAGACUACAGUAAACCUGAUAGUAAAUGGGAAAUAAAGCGUUGCCAGUGUUGUGGUUCCCGUGGAACUCAUUUGGCCUGUUCAUCUAUGAAGUCAUGGGAGCAAAACUGGGAGUGCAUGGAAUGCAGAAAUAUCUUGGCAAAAUCAGGGAACUAUAGGAAACAGACAAAGCGUUCUUUGGCUGCCUCUGAAAAGACAGAUGGGACAACUUGUUUGCUGGAAGAACCAUCUCCAAAGUGCCCUCGGCAGUCACCUGGAUCUCAACGCAAUAUUCUUCGCUCACCAAAGAUGAUGUGCCAGAACAACUUGUCAACCUGCUCACACGUAGAACUUCCAGCAUCCAACGGGGUGAGGAUGUCCUUAUCUCCACUGAUGUCAAAAAGGAGCUGGUCCCUGAGGAAAAAGCAUUUAAGAAAGGAAAGAAGGGAAGUUUCUAAUAUACUGAAGGAGUUAAGGCUGCAAGUUAUUGCAAAAACUACAAGGCUUAACAUCAAUGCAGAAAAUAUCUGGAAUAGUGCUUUAAAAGGAUUUAGACAGCGUAACUUCAGUCCUACAAACACCAUUGAAAUAAAGUUCACAAACUGCAAAAGUAGAUCAAAGACAGAUACUUCUGCUGCAAAAAAACACCGUUUCUUCCAGUUGUUAAUGCUUCACCUUCAGAAUUCAUCAUUGUUUGAGGGCUCUUCUGCAAAGAACUUGUCCCUUGAUUUUCAAGCUGUAAAAGAGAAUCUUUAUUUUGAAGCUGGUAAAAUGAUCGCAGUUUCUCUGGUUCACGGUGGCCCAUCUCCUGGUUUCUUUUCCCAAACACUGUUCAAUUGUCUUGUCUAUGGUCCAGAGAAUGUGAAGCCAGCUUUGGAAGAUGUUGCUGAUGCUGAUGUCGCAGAAACAAUAAAAAUGAUAAAACAUGCAAAUAAUCUGUCCAGCCUACAAUCUGCGAUAAACAACUGCUAUGAGUUCCUUGCUGCUGCUGGAUGUUUAAGACCUAUUACAGCUUUGUGUGAUAAGGAUGUGCUGGUGAAUGACCUACUGAUCCACCAUGUGAUCAAGAGAAUUAUUUCACCCUUAGAAAGUUUUAGGCAGGGUUUGAGAACUCUUGGUGUGCUAGAGAAAAUGCAAAUGCAUCCGGAUGCAUUCUCUAGUAUAUUGUGCCACAAACCUGAAGGACUUUCAGCAGAAACUCUUUGUGAUCUCUUUACAAUCCAUUCCUCAUCAGAUGUAAAUGAAGUUGAAGGUGCUGAUUUUUGGAUGGCUUAUUUGCAAGAUGUGGAAAGUGGUGAGUCUGUAGUGACGUUGGAAGAUAUUCUGCUCUUUGUAACAGGCUCUUUUUCUAUACCCCCUGCUGGGUUUGAUCCUGAACCUACUAUUAAAUUUUUGCAUAUAAGGUAUCCUGUUGGAAACAGACUCCUUAAUUGCUUAGAGCUCCCUAUAACGAAGACAUAUGAGCAGUUUAAAAAUAAAAUGGAGUUCACCAUCAGAAAUGCACUAAGAGUUGAAAGAGAAUAAAAUUUUUGCUACUAAACUGGAUGUUGGAAACUUCCAAAUCUCUGCAGGAAUGUCUGCUUGCUAAUCGCUACUGUAUUUUGGGACAGCAUACUCUCGGCCUUUUCUCCCAAAGAUGUGCUAAAAGUAGUAAUUUUGUAAGAUGGAAAACAAUUUUCAGAUGAAAAUGCUCUUUACCUGUCGAAACAUCUUCCUUUUUGAAGCUGGCUUUAAGAGUCAGCAGCCUCUUGCAGAAGUACUUUAAAUGUCUACUUUUGCUGUAGACAAGCAUGAAAUGUUGCCAAAUUAUGUAACAUUCUAGCUAUUUCCCACAGGUAAGUAUGGUGAUUGCUUUACAUACUUCAGUAGCUUAUUUAUCAAAGUCAAAUCGGGUACAUUUUGAAGAUCAUUGCUGUAGAGCUUUGUCUCAAGUAAAACUCUGAUGCAGUUCUUCAGUUGUUCCAUGUAUAGUUUUUUCAGUAAUUGUUUUUAUAUUGAUUUUUUUUUUUUGAGGGGGGAGGGGGGGGACGAUGAUUCAUACAAACUUAUGAAAGGUCUUUUUGGUUAGUGCAUUAAGAUACAAUUAAGUUCUGGAGAAAACCUAGGCAAAAUAAUAAGGUGCAAGAACAGAAUCUGUUUGAACUUGAGUUUCUAUUGUUAGACAAAAUCUUUGAUAUUUGCACAUUUCUGCAUUCUACUGUUAUACAUUAGCCUUUAAUUAUACGUGUAGCCAAAAUAGUAAAUCCUGGAAGUGAAUCUCAAAUGUGCAACAAUAAGUGGUCUUUCAACAUGAAAUUUUAGAGUUAGACUUAAUGUUGUUCAGUGUAAGAAUUUGUUGCUCAUUAGAACAUGUUACUUUGUCUUCCAUGGAAGUCAGUUUUUUCAUAGGUGUAUAUACACUAAAAGUAUUCGUUAAAUUAAAGUCAGUCUACCAUCGAGCUUGUCAGUGCCUGACACUUUUCUAGCUUUUAGCCUAAACUCUUCCUGUUCAAAUGUAGGUGCAUUCUGAGCAACUUCAGCUGUAUGAAAUAUAUUUCAAUUCUGCAGUAUUUGUAUAAAUAGUAAGCCAUAAGAUACCUACACGGUAACACUUUAAUGUUACUAAUACUAGAACUAUGAAACUAAGAGGACAUUUAAGUGUAAUUUUGUAAAUGUGAGUAGGUGUCUUUUUUUUUUCUUUUUUUUUUUAAAUUAUUAUUUCCCUCCCUGUCAGUUUGACCACCUUAUACUAUGUCCGAAGCAUAGGCUGUGCUAUCAAUCUAUAAAGAUAGAUAUGUAUUAGUAUAUAUCUAUAUAUAUAUCCACAUUCUUCAAAAUACUGAAAAGCUGAAGAAUAAUUGUAUACUUUUUAAUUAAUAUAGCUUGGUUUUAAUUGUAAAUACAAGCAGGAUUGCUUUACUUUGGGUGCCUUGGCAAGAAGGCACAUCCACAAUAAAUUAUAAAUGGAUAGGUGCUUCAAAAAAAAAAAAAAAAAACUAACACCAAAACCAGGCUAAUCUGGUUUCAGGUUUAUUGCAAGUAUUCCUCUAACUAACAAAUUGUAUUACAAAAUGCUAAUUACAUAGCAGUGUGCUGCAACUCAAGAACUGGAAGUGGCAGUCAAGACUCGCUAAAUUGAGACCAUGCUGUAAAGGGUUAAAGACAAAAAGGCAAAUGGGUAUUGUUCAUUAAACAAUAGGCAGGUAUUUUGAAAUAUUUCUUAAAGUGCUAAAGCUUCUUUCUUUCUUGAUCUGGGGAAGGUUUUUCUGGUUCUGAGCCAAAAGCAUAUUAAAGUCUCCUUUAAAAUAAAUAUAUGAGGUCUUGGAGAAUGUCAUUCGACUGUUUAUAAACAGUGUUUUCUCAUUCCAUUCUGAUUUUUUUUCUCCAAUAAUAUUCCACGUUUGUUGUCUUUGUGUAACUUUUAAAUGUCAUACUGCUAAUAACUUCUUUAUAUUCUUAUCCUUCAGAAUGCUCUGUUACCAUGGUUUGCAAAUUUAUCUGCAUAAUGAUUCAUGUUGUAUGUUCAUAUUUUUAAAACAUAGCAAUGUGACUCCUGCAGGUAGAUUAUUAUACUUUAAAAAUCAGUGGUGUACCCAAUGGAGUCUUCCUUUGUCUUGCCUAGUCAGAGAUAAAUGUCUUCUGUAAUACUAUGUUAUUUUUCUGUAUGAGAAGUACAGAACUUACAGAACUAGCAACACGAGUGUCUUAAUUUUAAAGGACAGUUCUUGGACUUCUGGUACCAGCAGUUGCAAGGGAAAUGGUUUAGAACUUGGAAGUUAUAAACUGCAUUUUAAAACCUUCAGUGGAGAAAGAAAGGUAAUGUGAAUAUAAGGCUUCAAAAAGUACCUGAGCUAAAAAUAGGGUUCACAUGUUUUAUUGCUUAUUAGUUUUGAAUUCAGCAGUUGAUAGGUUUUAUGUAAAGGUAGAACUAAUGUCAUUUGUAAGUUAACUUUAAAACUCUGCUAUACAAUACUCUAUCAAAACAUGGAAUUCACAAAGUCUUCAAUAUUGCUUGAGAAGACUUUUCUUAGAACUUGUUCUCAUUUUCUAAUACUGAUGUGUAAACAUUCAAGACAAGUUCUUUCCUUGUUGCUUUGAUCAGCUCAAUCUAGACAUUCUAAUAUAAUACUUGAUAUAUUCAAAUUGUAUUCCUAAAUACUACCGUGGAGAGGAACUUUUCUGCUCAUUUUCAACAUUUGUAUAGACCAAUCUUAAAAUUACUCUUAACUGUUCACUAAAAUUCCAUUGAAUAAGCUGACUUCCAAUCCCUCAAACCACAGAAAGGUCUCUUGACUGGAAACCAUAAGAGCAAUUUCUGUAGCUAUAAUGACCAUCAGGUUUUCAGUUGCUAUAGCAGGUCACUGAAGUGCAAUAUUAUCAGGUGGUUUUCAUUUUACAUAAACUUCAACCUGAGGCACAUCUGGAAAAUAGUUUAGGGAAGUUGCUUACUUUCAGUAUUUCUGUAACACAAGGACAUUGACUGCAUCUACAUUAGCGUUGUGUAUUAAAUAGAUUUUUGUAGAAGUUACAGCUGUUACAAGAUUUGUCAAGGCCACAAGAGAACUACUGCAGUCAUUUGUGUUUGGCCAAAGAACUUCACCCUGCAGCUUUUGCAUCAAACCCUGAGCUUCCAUCUGGAAUUAGCACAACAAAUAAGCUAUUUAUUUUCUAGACUGAUCGUUUUCUAGAAAACAAUAAUAGAUUAGUAUUAGUGGUCUGAAGAACAAAACCAAAAACCAAACCUCGAGUAUUAGAUAUGUUUGAAAAAUGAAGGGAUAAGAAAUUUGUGACUUGCUUUCACUCAUGCAAAAGAUGCUUGCUAGAAAAAGCUGUUAGCAUUUUUAACUGGUCAGUGAGUGAAAUAUAGUCAAAAGAAAAUUAGUAUCAUCGGCUCAUAUUUAAGGUCUAAACCAUUGUGUGCUGCAGCUUUGACUUUUUUCAUUAAGAUGUUCAGUCUUGGGACUGGAAGACUUGAGGAUUUAGAGAGGUAUAUGUAAAAUACAGGGCAGAGUAUGUCAUUAAUUCACAUAUUCUAUAUGUGCAUUUUGAAAAUGGUAUCAAAAAUUCUCAUUCAAGUAGAAAUAAAUGACACUGCAGGCUGCAAAAUAUGCUUUUAAAGUUUCUAGAUUCUGUAUUAUAUGGUAAAGCGCUUCAAAGCUCAAGCUUUACCCUUUUUUCACUUAAGGGAAUGCAAAACUUCUGAAAUCAUAUGUAUACAAAAAAUCAUUGUCAAAAUAUUAAUGUUUGUAAAAAAAAAAAAUCAAUGGAACCUUCUCAUUUUGUAUUGCAGAAACAAUGCUCUUUUUAAAACUUAUGGUAAUUGGAAUAUUACACAAAGUAUAAUUUUGUCAAUAGUUUUAGCUCUAACUUGAACUGCAGGAUCAGUGCCUGAAAUGUUGCAUCUUCAAGCAACACUACUUGGCAGGUAUAGCAUCAGUGUUGCAGUAAUUGGUAAUUGUGGGAAAUAACUGCCAUGUAUAUAUUCGAAGUGCAAUAAAAAGUUAAAUUUCUUUUGGAAUAAAUAUGUAACUUCACUGGUAUUA